AUGGCAGCAUUGAGGCAGGAGCACAUUUAUGGUCUCUCUGGUGCCCAAACCAGCAAAAACACCACCAACCAAACUAUGUACCACGUUACACUGACUGACAGCGCGAUCCAGACACUAGAAACUUAUCAGAACCUGAAGACAUCACUAUCAAAUCAGCCGACGAUUUGCUUCAAGGAGAACCAGGUGUACAUGAAGAUUCCAGCACCGACCCCGGACAACCCUGAUGCCACAAGAAUCAUCAAGUUCAACUUGUCCAGUGAUGGCAGCGAGAACUCACAGUCCAGCUUUGAGUGCAUUCAGCAGUACGUCUCAGGGGACGACAGGGGCCACCUGGAGAGCAAGGGCCAUAUUCAGGGCAAGAUGACAGCUUGUGCCACACAGCAGUCCUACCAGGAAAUGCGGGAACGCUGGUCCCAGAUGAAGAAAGCCAGCCAGAAAUGCUCAGCGAUUCAGAUCAAGUGGAUGCCAAGUAGAUUUGGAAAGGUCCAGAGGAAGAGGAGUCUAAUGCCAGGCUCAUGCAGCAGCGGCAGCAGCAGCAUCAAACCCUCCCGAUGCAAGAGGAGCCAGGUUCUCAGCCCUGUUGCACGCUGCCCUUUGAAAGAUCGGAUUAUCCAUCGGCUUGCUUUAAGGCCACACAAGAAGCCUGAUCUGGUGCUGUGGUUGGAGAGAGAGCGAGCCGAUUCAGAGGACAUGGCUGAGCUGAGCUCAGUGUUGGAGGAGGUCAGCAUUUGGAACCCAGUUGCUGACUACUACUCUCUGAAGCCUGAGCUCUUCACACACGUCCAGACAGACUGGCCUGGAUACAAGAGGGAGGAAAAGCAGCUCAUUGACAGGCUGCUGAGUAGGAAACGCCCAUCGGAGUCAGACCUGUCCAACGAUCUGAACCUGAAAAAACAGAGGACAUCACUUGAGCCUGUGCCUCCACAGAUGCCCUCCCAUGGAUCUCAGUGCACCAACCCCCACAGCUCAGCCCUGUAUCCUGGAAACGUCCACAAAGGACACACGGGAGAAAAAGCGACGGUUACUUCAACCUCAGCGACUCCACUCCCCGACUAUGUCAACAAAUACACCACCAUCAAAACACUGGAGCAGCGGCAGAAAUAUGAAAAGGAGUUUGACGCCGAGUAUCAGGAAUACCAAGUUAUUCAUGACCGGAUCGCCGCUGCCUCAGAGAGGUUUGUUCAGAUGACCUCUGAAUUGGACACGCUGCCUCCUGGGACGGAAGCUUAUCAGCAAAUGCAGGACAACGUACUGGAAAAGUACAGGAUCUAUCAGAAAUGGUUUCCCAGAUAUCAAGAAGAUAAGAAGAAAUGCAUUUAUCUUCACCAUAAACUGGUGCACAUGAAAGAGAGGAUUGCAGCCUAUGACCAAGCACAGGAGACCAGGAUGUGA